GACCUGGUCCACCACGAGCCCAAUGAAGAGGUCGUGCUUUUGAUCCGCUCCCUUGGGCUGUCGCCUGGUUCCUGAAUCCUGGUAUGUGUCUGGACUUUUUAUUAUAUUUAUUUUUCUUUCGAUUUUUCGACAGAAUUUCCCUCUUUUAUUUGGUGCCUUACACGGUAGUCUCCCUCCUUCCCCUACUUUUUUUUUUUUUUCCCUUUUUUCCAGCUAGUUGACGCCCCUCUCUGUCCGGCUUGACCCAUCUUUCGACUUUCUCCCAUCCAGCUUGGGGAUCCUCUUGAUUCAUCAUAUUUGUUCAUACUUCAUAUUCGGUUGAUUCGGCAGUCUUUAAAGUCUGCCCAUCUCAUUGAGAAUUGCCCAGAUCGUCGAGAUUGAACUUUAAAUUUCUGCGUUGUAUAUGUACUUGCUUCGUCCGUUCCUGCGACGUACAAGUUGACAUUCUCUAUUGAAACUGCUUGAACUGUUCAGCUGGCUCUAUUACAGUCAGAUCACAUAUCAGCUACACGAGUGCUCAAUUUCACACAAACUGUCGCCAGCAUAUAACAACGCGUGAAAAGGAGGCUAUUUGCUGAUCUCAGAUCGAACGCGAGCAAUCUGCAUCCAAUUCCUCUUUCUGAUCUUAAAUACAGAGGCACAAAGAGGGAAAGAGGAGACAAAAAAAAAAGAAAAAGCCACUGCAAUUCUUUCUCAAACCAUCCCACGAGGAUCUCCGUAUCUCCCUCUCCCAAGCUGGCCUCCUACGCAAGCCCACCGCUGUCCCCCAAACACUGGGCCGAUCUUGAUCCCCGCAGGCCCGUGUGGGAUAGCCUGAUGGAUGGAGAUCAACGCACCAAGCAGCAUGAGCGGUGGAUGGCACGGUCCAUCGAUGCCGCCAGCAGAGGCCGAGGCCGUGCAACCGAUCGCUUCUCACAAGCCAUGCAUACACGUGGAAACCCAACGGGGAUUUCACAGGCGCCAGACCGCGCUACCAUGUCCUACGAUUAUGGAUACACAGGCGACACUUUCCCUGGAGGUCCAUUGCAGCCAAACGACGUACAGGCCUUUGGGGCCGACUAUACGCGGCCGCGACAGGCGCCGCAUCCAUCCCUAGGACAUUCCUCGCAAGCCUCAGUGCAGGCGCUUCUCGCGCAGCAACAACAACAUCACUCCAACCCUGAAGCAGCGCAGCAACAAUCCCGACGGCGCGCAGCGCCCGAAACCACCCCAUUGGUUCCGUACGAGUCGGCCAUGCUGUACGGCUUCGGUCAACAGGGCUCAGCUCAUGGACCCUUUGACGUUGUCCCACAAUACUCGACACGGCAGUCUGCAGCGAUUGAAGCCCUGUCGAACCAGAUGGCCAUUCCACAAUAUUUCCCAGAGGAACCCACGGGGGCGGGGGUCCCCGGACUCUCACCAUAUCUGAAUACGCUGCCAUAUAAUCAACCGGGCCCCAUGGCACGAGCUAGCAAUGCACAUCCAUUUCCGACGACGAUGGCCGAUUUCACGUCCAUUGGGACCGGAUCGUCCGGUCAAGCUGUGGAACAGCAGCAGCAGCAGCAGCAGAUUGAUCCGUCCCAGCAGCCUGUUACCGACACUUCCAGUCUUGAUCAAGCGUAUGCUCAGUACCAGCGUGCUUUGCGCAGCACUUUUGAUCAGACGCGCGCCGGGCGAUUGGUAGAGGCGAGCGAAUCGCUGAUGGAAAUUUCCGAGUGGCUUGUCACCAACGCACGGGAUCUUGGAAUUCUGCGCGACGAGCAUCAGCUGUACCCGGAUCGCUUACAGCUCUGGAAUAACUUCAAUCUCUGCUGGCUAGCCGUCUGUCAAAAACAAAAAGAUUUGACCCAGGAUGUCGUAGCGACGGGUCGCCAAUCACCCCAGACCAGUCUAUUGAGCCGGGACCGAAUGGAGGCCAUGGGCAAGGACUUGAUCCAACUUUGCGACCAGCUGGAACAGCACGGAUUGGUCGAUUAUCAGAUGGGGAUUUGGGAAGAGGAGAUUCUUUCCGUCCUGGGCCAAUGCCUGGAUCUGAUGGAGAGCAGACCCGAGCUCCUCCACAUGCAGACCAUCCCCGAGCCGGCGACUGCAACACAACGACCAUGAACGAACCCACUAGACCCGAAUCAAGGGAAAAAAAGGGCCCCCAAAAGGCCAAGAGAAGAAUGAUACCUAAGGAGAAAACAAGAAAUCUCCCAACUCCCCCUCUUGAACCUGAUGCGCAAAAGCCCCCCCUCAUCGCGACCACAGCCCCGGUUCCCAGUUGGGGUUCCUGCUUAGGCUCCUCCCGAGAGACCGGGCCUCCUGCACCACCGGGAGCGACUGGGAAACAUUCCGCGCGAAUCGAUUCACAGUCAAGCGAACUCGCGACGGGGGUCACGGCUUAGUCUUACAGGGGGGGAGAUCACCCGGUGCUGUGGGUGCGGGGGCAUGAUGGGACGGUCAUCAGCCACGGUAGAGGCUAUUGUCUACUAGCGUCGCGCCAAUCGGGAUUCCCUGAUGUGAUAUUCGAGAUCGUCGGGAUGAGGGGGACGGACACUGGUCACCUUGAUUGCAUCUCUGGAGUCUGAACAAAAUUGGAAGAUUCGUAUUCUCCGCUUCUCCAAUCACGAUGGUCGUGAUCGGGAAAACUCAUAGAGGACUGGUAUGGAUUCAUCUCACUUUGCAAAUCGACGCGGAAUGAAUUAAGUGUCGUUAUAUCUCUCCCCCAACCCCCAGACCCCCGCCCUGAAUGGACACGUUGGAUGUAUUCAUCAAUUAAUCCCGUGUCGUUCCCGUGUCCCAGCCGCACUCGCUUGGAACUCUAGCUUAUCGCUAGUUGUGCCUUGGCUAUGGAACGUCACCCGGCUCGCGACUGGAGGACUAGUCGGGCUAAUUUGUUUAGCUUACGGAGGACUCUACACUUAGCCUAGUCUAGUUGUUCGUCUCUUUGCACUGAUGGUACCUCACGAGAGAUCGCAUCAUUUUAAAGUCUCACUCAAUAAAGCAAUACACACGAAAGGACCACGUCGUAUCGUACUUUUGCUCGAGUCUCUGCCAUAUCAUGAAUCGCCAAUUUAAGUGCUCACAAUAUUAACACCCUAGCACGGAGCACAGAAGAAAAUGACGAUAAAAAUUUAGGAAGGGGAAGUAUGGUACGGCGCAAGU